AUGCAUAUAAUCAAGCCUGUUUGGUUAACGCAUGGAGGUGAAAAAAAGGACUACGAGGUCUACAGUUGCGAUGUUUCGCCUGACGGAAAACGGCUUGUGACGGCUGCUGGAGAUGGCCACGUACGAAUAUGGUCGACAGAUGCAAUCUUCAAUGCUUCGAAUGCAGAUUUCGCUAGCAAGCCUAAGCAGCUAGCAUCGUUAAGCAAUCACUCCGGUACCAUCCAUACAGUCCGAUUCUCUCCUAAUGGGAAAUACCUUGCCUCUGGAGCGGAUGAUAAGAUUGUCUGUGUUUACGUGCAGGAUGCAAGUCCUCCUUCACAUUCGUCAACUUUUGGAACAAAUGAACCCCCUCCCGUUGAGAACUGGCGUACGAUACGGAGACUGAUUGGCCAUGACAAUGAUGUCCAGGAUCUGGGCUGGUCUUGCGACUCUUCCAUCUUGGUUUCGGUGGGGUUAGAUUCGAAGAUUGUUGUAUGGUCCGGCCAUACAUUUGAGAAAUUAAAGACCAUCUUAAGCCACCAAAGCCACGUCAAGGGAAUCACGUUUGACCCUGCAAAUAAAUAUUUUGCAACUGCGGGUGAUGAUCGUACUAUCCGGAUGUUCCGCUUUACAUCUCCAGCCGCGAAUUCUACCGCGCAUGACCAGGCUCAAAACUUUGUAUUGGAACAUACAGUGAAGGCUCCCUUUGUGAAUUCUCCCUUAACAACCUAUUUUCGACGUUGCUCUUGGUCCCCAGAUGGAAACCAUAUUGCUGCUGCCAACGCCGUCAAUGGUCCUGUGAGCGCAGCUGCUAUCAUAAACCGGGGCUCUUGGGAUAGCGAUAUUAACUUGAUUGGCCAUGAAGCUCCUGUUGAAGUGUGCUCUUUUUCUCCGAGAUUAUAUUCAGCAAAGCCUUUGAAUGAAUGUCCUACAGACAACCAGGGUCAUCCUCUCCAUUCGCUUGUCACUGUGAUCGCUUGUGCUGGCGGCGAUAAAUCUCUGAGUAUCUGGAUUACGAGCAACGCACGUCCCAUUGUAAUAGCUCAAGACCUGUCAGCGAAAGCAAUAUCUGACCUUGCUUGGUGUCCAGAUGGAAAGGGCUUGUUCGCCACGGCUCUAGAUGGCACGAUACUACUCGUUCGUUUUGAAGACAAAGAGCUUGGAUACGCUAUGCCAAUUGAAGAAAAUGAAAAGUCUCUGGCCAAAUUUGGCACAAAUAGAAGAGGUGCAGGUAUUGUUGAGUCUACAAAUGGACUUCUUCUUGAGGAGAAAAGUAAGGCUGGUGAAAUAAAAGGGGUUGAGGGCCGUAUGGGUGCUUUGAUGGGUGAUAAUCAUGUGUCAACUGAGCCUGGGGUCAAUGGAACAUCCGGUGAUCUGAUAAUGAAUGGGGCUAUUUCAACAGGAAGUGCAACGCCGGUGGCUACUUCAAAAACGCAGCAGAAUGGGCUUUCAAACGGUGCUACCGGAGAACAAGACAAGCCAGACCCGUACGCUGCAAAACUAGAACGAUUGAAACAACGCCCAACAUUCACAAAAGAUGGCAAAAAGCGCAUCGCGCCCCUUCUGGUCUCUGGCGCCGGCGGCACACAAUCCUCUCUUCCUCAGUCCAGGCUUAUGGCUGCCUCGGCCAGUGCCCAAGCUGGAAAGCCAGAGGGCCCAGAAACGAUUCUGGAUCUCUCAAAGCCUUUUGAUGGUCUUCCAAAAGGCGGACUUGCUGCCUUGCUGUUUGGAAAUAAACGCAAGUUUGCUCAACUUGAUGAUAGCGAGGAAAAUCCUCUUGAAAAACGGGUUGCUGCGGCAAACGAAAAUGGAGUGACUCCAAUUCUUGCAAACGGGCGAGAUGGACUCUUGCCCGCAGUUCCCACUAUAGGCUUACAAGAAACGCCUGAGUUCAUUAGGCCUGCUGUGGUGAACCCUGUCAUGGCCGUAAGCCAAUUGAGAUUAGCAGUGCCAAAAGUGAGAAGCCAUAUUCUCCAAGAUACCGAUGCCUCUGGGAACCCCGUUGAUGUGGCCACCGGUUCUGGAAAUUCCUCUUCUCAAUCAAAAGCGGACCUCGUAUUUGAAGCUCGCAACCCUUCUGGUGCGAGCUUAACGGGCAGGGCCGCUGACCGAGAACCUGCACGAAUUACUCUUACACGCGGCGACCAGCCUAUUUGGCAAGAUUUCCUGCCUAAGGCUGUUUUGCUUGUUACUGGUAAUAAGCGAUUCUGGGCUGCUGCUUUAGAGGACGGGUCUGUAUACAUCUGGACUCCUGCAGGACGUCGCCUUCUCAAUGCUCUCGUGUUAGAGGCGCAGCCAGUGAUUCUUGAGUGUCGAGAUUCCUGGCUGAUGUGUAUCACUGCAGUUGGUAUGUGCUAUGUAUGGAAUAUAACCAGCCUCACGUCGCCGCAUCCGCCUAUUUCCCUAGCGCCUGUGCUUGAUGCUGCACUUCACACCCUGACCGAUCGCCCCACAGCAGCACCUUCUAUUAUUGCCGCUCGAAUCAGCUCUCAAGGUCGCAUAAUUAUGGCUUUAUCGAACGGGGAGGGUUAUAGCUACAACCCCUCUUUAUAUUUAUGGCAACGGCUGUCCGAACCGUGGUUUGCCGUUGCCAGCCAGUACUGGAAUACUACAGAUGCUUCAGUGGGAGACUUGCAGGUGGCGAACAGUCAAAUUGGAUCAGAUGCAAAGGUACCUAUAUCCGCCGGAAUUAUACCCUUCCUAGAAAGAAAUACUACGCAUGAAAUCCUCACCCGUGGCCGUGGGUACCUUUUACAACGCCUCAUCAAGGUUGUACUUUCCAAGGAAGGCUUCGAAGCCUUUGAAGCGGGUGCAUCUAUUGCUCACCUCGAAAACCGUGUUGCAGCCGCGCUAUCUUUGGAGGCAAAAGAUGAGUUUCGCUUAUAUCUAUCGAUGUAUGCAAAGCGUUUGGGUGCUGAAGGUCUAAAAAUUAAAGCUGAAGAGCUGCUGGAAGGGCUUCUCGGCGGCAUAUCUACGGAUGGUGAGAAUCAACAGUCAUCCACGGAGCACGGAGCAAAAAAUAUAGGAGAUGGGCCUUGGGACAGCGAAUCGGAUACCCUUUGCGGCUGGCCACGACGCGAGCUCCUGAAGGAGGUUGUUUUGUCUCUAGGAAAGCACCGAGAUUUGCAGCGUAUUACCGUCCCAUAUGCCCAGUUGCUUGGUAUUCUUGACGUUGAUUCUAAUAAGGAAGAUGCUAUGGUUGUUUGA